AUGAGCGAAAUUGCCCAUCCUACCAUCCAAGAUGGCUGGUUCCGUGAGAUCUCCAACAUGUGGCCCGGCCAGGCCAUGACCCUCAAGGUCAAGAAGGUCAUUCACCACGAGAAGUCCCAGUACCAGGAUGUCCUCAUCUUCGAGUCCACCGACUACGGCAUGGUCCUGGUCCUGGACAACGUCAUCCAGGCCACCGAGCGUGACGAGUUCUCCUACCAGGAGAUGAUUACCCACCUGGCCAUGAACUCCCACCCCAACCCCAAGAAGGUCCUCGUCAUCGGCGGCGGCGACGGCGGUGUCCUCCGCGAAGUCGUCAAGCACGAGUGCGUCGAGGAGGCCAUCCUCUGCGACAUUGACGAGGCCGUCAUCCGCCUGUCCAAGCAGUACCUCCCCAACAUGGCCGUCGGCUUCGACCACCCCAAGUCCAAGACCCACGUCGGCGACGGCUUCAAGUUCCUUGAGGAGUACAAGAACACCUUUGACGUUAUCAUCACCGACUCCUCCGACCCCGAGGGCCCCGCCGAGUCCCUCUUCCAGAAGCCCUACUUCCAGCUCCUCCACGACGCCCUGAGGGAGGGCGGUGUCAUCACUACCCAAGGUUCCGAGAACCAGUGGCUCCACAUGCCCCUCAUCUCCAAGCUCAAGAAGGACUGCAAGGAGAUCUUCCCCGUCGCCGAGUACGCCUACACCACCAUCCCCACCUACCCCAGCGGCCAGAUCGGCUUCAUGGUCUGCACCAAGGACGCCGGCCGCAACGUCAAGGAGCCCCUCCGCAAGUGGUCCGCCGAGGAGGAGGAGAAGCUGUGCAAGUACUACAACGCCGACAUCCACAAGGCCGCGUUCGUCCUGCCCAACUUUGCCAAGAAGGCUCUCGAGUAA